AUGAGGACAUCUGAUGCUCGACCGCUGAGCCAGAGCAACGAGGACAGCGAAGAAGAAGUAGAUUUUGGUCCUCCCCUACCCUCAUCGCUCACGACGCGAGGCGAGCACGACGACUCUCUCAUGUCUCGAACGCAGGGAGCCUCCGUACCUUCCCUCGAUGACCUUCGUGCACGGGACGAGCAGGUUACCGAAGAAGCCGAUGUGGCCCGGCGAGAGCAUACUAAACAACUUCGUCACGAACGUCAUCUAGAUCGCAGAGUUCAGAAAGAGCGUCUCGAAGAACUUGUACCGCGUGCCGAGGCGGGAAGCCGCGAGCGCCAACUGGAGAAAAAGCGCGAGCGCGCCGAGGCCAAUCGCUCCUUUGCAGCUUCGAAAGAUGCGUCCGGCGAUGUAGAAAUUAUGGAUUCCGAGCUCAUGGGGGCCGAGGACGGUCUGACAGACCUCAAGAGACUGCAGAAGGAGCAGGAAAGAAAGAAAAACGAGAGGGAGCUUCGCAGAGAGGAAAUACUGCGGGCCAGGCGCGCAGAGCGGGAAAGCAAGUUACAGGCGAUUAAAGAAAAGGAAGAGAAAACCAUGAGCAUCUUCAAAGAGAUUGCACGACAGCGCUUCGGUGGUGGAGACGAGCCAUGA